AUGGCCGAUGACCUUCGCAGACGAGGGCUACAACCCCGCGAUCCACGCGACGACUCACAGUAUCCCAAGCAAGAGGACGACGACAGACUAAGGACUAUACCACUACAGCACCACCGUUCCAACGGAUUCAACAUGGCAGCCGCAGGUCCCAUCACCCUUCCGUCUAUCCAUGACUACCCUUCCAGUGGCCAAAAUGGCCCUCCUCCACCCCACGACCAGCCGCGGUCGGCGUACUCGCUAUCUCCUACCGACAGCGACAAUGGCCCUCCGCCACCCGGACAAGCCUACCACCUCCCGCCAGUGCAUGCCAUCGACGGCAGGGGUCCACCACCGCCUCAAGAUCCGAGGCAUCUCCAAGCCAGCCAUCGACCCGCGCAGGCCGAGCCAAGGAACGGUUACUACCCUGGACCGCCACCACCGCCUCGCCAGGGUGCCUACCCGCAAGACGGCGGUUACGCUCCCGUCUACACCUACCAUCAGGGACCUCCCGGGGCCAUAAUGGGGCCUUUCGACUACCGCAACGUACCAAAUGCUCAACAGGCCAGUGCGCCCAGACAGCGGACUUCAAUUGCUUGCCGUUACUGCCGGAAACGCAAGAUCCGCUGCAGCGGCUACCAAACGACAGCCGAUGGCAAAUGUAUGAACUGCAAAAAGACUGGCAAUGACUGCGUCUUCCAGCCGGUUUCCAGUGGCACGACCGCCUUCGUGCCCGUCUCUGCUAUUCCUGGAGGUGUCGCACCUGGUACACAACUCUUUGGUGCUUUUGGACAGCCUUUGGGGCCUCCCCCGGGUCCCGGUCCUCAUAAUGUUCCGCAUCACCUUCAGCCUCCUCAUCCGAUGCAGCAGCCACACCAACUGCAAACUCCGCCUCAGAUGCCGCUUCCCUCACCGACUGGAAGCUACUACGACGAGAGGAUGGAGGGUAGUAGGAGGAGGCCUCGUGGUCCCGAGGACGACCACCAGCAUGGACCACGCCUGCCGCCUCCCCACCCUCACCAGCAGGAAGAGGACCCUCGUCGGCGCUCCCCUGCUUCUGCGCAGAGCAGCACUCCGCCAACUGUCUAUCAUGCCUACUCGCGCAACGAGAGCAGCACCCCGCCGACUGCUCCCUACCAUCAUCAGCCGCAUCCGCUUCAGCAUCUCCAGCAUCAGCAAGCGCCGCCUCAUCUUCAGACUCACCACCAGCAGACCGACCGUCCCAUGCCCGGCCACUUUGCCCGCCGGGAUAGUCCAGGAGCCGCACCACAGCCACCGCAUAUCCAGCAGGGUCCUCCGCCUCCACCGCCGGCUCCGCGGCAGCCCUCACCCAACCAGGCUACCUCGCCGUCUUCAAAGGGCAUCAUGAGCCUGAGUGCACUUAUGGACCACAAGUCUGGCCCAUCGAGCAGCGAUCCUCGAGGCAACAACAUUGACAACUCAAUGCUCGGACGACUCAACGGCCGGCGCUAG